AUUCCCAACGAGCGGCAACUCGCUUCCUCUUCUUGUAUUGCCGUGGCAGAGACGGAAGCCUGAUCACUCACUCAGCCUUCCCUGUCUGCCGUGCUCUGCUUCUCCGUCCUUCUAACAGACACGGGAUACUUGUAGCAGCAGGAGUAGGCAGGCGAGGCCGUCGUCGUCGAGAUCCGGCGGGCGGCCAUGGAUAAGCUCGGCCCGAACGCGGCCAAUUCGUGCCCGCUGACGCCGCUGGGUUUCCUGGAGCGCGCCGCCACGGUGUACGGCGACUGCCCCUCCGUCGUCUACCACGGCGCCGCCUCCACCUGGUCCCAGACCCGCCGCCGCUGCCUCCGCCUCGCCUCCGCCCUCGUCUCCCUCGGCAUCUCCCGCCGCGACGUCGUGUCCGUGCUGCUGCCGAACGUGCCGGCCAUGUACGAGGCGCACUUCGGGGUGCCGAUGAGCGGCGCCGUGCUCAACAGCAUCAACACGCGCCUCGACGCCCGCACCGUCUCCGUCCUCCUCCGCCACUCGGGCUCCAAGCUCGUCUUCGUCGACCCGGCCUUCUCCCCCCUCCUCCACGAAGCUCUCUGUCUCCUUCCCCCAGACCACCCUCCCCCGCUCGUCAUCCUCGUCGAAGACCCCCACGAGAAGAAGGAGCAAUUCCCCCCGGUGCCAGCUUCCAUGGCGAUUUCCACGACGUACGAGAGGCUCCUGGAGGAGCGCGGGGACCCGGAGUUCGCCUGGGUGCGGCCGGAGAGCGAGUGGGACCCGAUGGUGCUCAACUACACCUCCGGCACCACGUCGGCGCCCAAGGGCGUGGUGCACUGCCACAGGGCCAUCUUCCUGGUGACGCUGGACUCGCUGGUGUCCUGGGGGGUGCCGGAGCGGCCGACGUACCUGUGGACGCUGCCCAUGUUCCACGCCAACGGCUGGAGCUUCCCCUGGGGCAUGGCCGUGGCCGGCGGCACCAACGUCUGCCUCCGCCGCGUCGACGCCCGCGAGGUCUACGCCGCCAUCGCGCAACACCGCGUCUCCCACCUCUGCGGCGCGCCCGUCGUGCUCAACAUGCUCGCCAACGCGCCGGAGAGCGCGCGCCGCCCCUUGCCCGAGGGCGCCCACAAGGUGCGCAUCCUGACUGCCGGCGCGCCGCCGCCGGCAGCCGUGCUGGGCAGGACGGAGGCGCUCGGCUUUGACGUCAGCCACGGGUACGGGUUAACAGAAACCGCAGGGCUCGUGAUCUCCUGCGCGUGGAAAGGGGAUCAGUGGAACAAGCUGCCGGCCUCAGAGCGCGCGCGGCUGAAGGCGCGGCAGGGCGUGCGCACGCCGGGCAUGGCGGAAGUGGACAUCGUGGACGCGGUCACCGGGCGCAGCGUGCCCCGGGACGGCGCCACCAUGGGCGAGAUCGUGCUGCGGGGCGGGUGCCUGACCCUGGGGUAUUACAAGGACGAAGCCGCGACAAGGGCGGCGAUCCGGGGUACCGGCGCCGGAGAAGAAGGGUGGUUCUACACGGGGGACGUCGGGGUGAUGCACCCGGACGGGUACCUGGAGAUCAGGGACAGGUCCAAGGACGUGAUCAUCAGCGGCGGGGAGAACAUCAGCAGCGUGGAGGUGGAGGCGGUGCUGUACGGGCACCCGGCGGUGGACGAGGCGGCCGUCGUCGCCCGGCCCGACGAGUUCUGGGGCGAGACUCCGUGCGCCUUCCUGAGCUUGAAGAAGAAGGGCGUCAACGUCACGGCGGAGGAGGUGAUUGCCUGGAGCAGGGAGAGGAUGGCGGGGUACAUGGUGCCCAAGACGGUGGUGUUCAGGGACGAGCUGCCCAAGACGUCCACGGGGAAGGUGCAGAAGUUCGUGCUCCGGAACAUGGCCAGCGAGAUGGGGCCCACCCGCAGAGGCGUCAGCGUGAGCGGCGGCGGCACCAGGAGCAAGAUGUGAGAAGCGUCAGUCACUGUGAAUAGCAGCAUGGCUCGAUCAGACCAGACAAGCCUGCAACUGGAAAAGAUUCUGUGGGGAUAUAUGGUACUGUUGUGAUAAGCUUGCUUAUUAUGUACUAUCAUAAAUCAUCAUGUGGUGGGAACCGAUCAAAACAGGAUUAUGUUA